GCUCCGCCGAAUAUCCACCCGCUCCUCUCUUCUUCACUCCCCCUCCCGCUGCUAUCCAUCCAAUCCUCUCUCCCUCACCCUCGUAGUCGUCGUCGUCCCCCCAGGAUUGGUGGGGAGUGGAGACUCAUCCGGACGUGGGUUGAUCCCUCCUUUGGCUGGGCAUCUACAUUUUUGCACUGGAAGAGAAAAUAUUAUGAGAAUGGCACAUUUGAUCAUCAACUGUAGUUUCAGCCCAUCUCCUGCUGUUAAGACAUCCUCAGGAUCUCCUAGUUAUUGCCGUAAUGUUGUCCAGUUACAAAAUUCGAAAUCUUCAAAUCUGUUACUCAAAUCUUGUUCCAAGGGACAAAGGAAAUCAUAUGUUACCCGCUCUAGUGCUGCUGUACAAGGAAAGACACAAACACCUCUUACCAGUAGCCAGCAAGCAUCUGGACAUUCAUCCUCCAAACCUAAAAAAGUAAUGGUUAUUGGUGGAGAUGGAUACUGUGGGUGGGCAACAGCUCUUCAUCUCUCCAACAAAGGUCACGAGGUUGCUAUUGUUGACAAUCUUGUUCGUCGCCUUUUUGAUCACCAGCUUGGUCUUGAUUCCCUUACUCCCAUAGCUUCCAUCCAAAAUCGCAUCCGUAGAUGGAAGUCUCUCACUGGAAAGACAAUUCAGCUCUAUAUUGGUGACAUAUGUGAUUUUGAAUUCCUCUCAGAAGCCUUCAAGUCUUUUGAGCCAGAUGCUGCUGUCCACUUUGGUGAGCAAAGAUCAGCACCAUACUCUAUGAUUGAUCGUUCACGGGCAGUCUACACCCAGCAUAAUAAUGUUGUUGGAACACUUAAUGUCUUGUUUGCCAUUAAGGAGUACAGUGAAGAGUGCCAUCUGGUUAAGCUAGGAACUAUGGGUGAGUACGGAACACCUAAUAUUGAUAUCGAGGAGGGGUUUAUCACUAUUACCCACAAUGGAAGAACCGACACCCUGCCUUACCCAAAGCAAGCGAGCUCCUUCUACCAUCUAAGCAAAGUGCAUGACUCCCACAACAUAGCAUUUACUUGCAAGGCUUGGGGUAUAAGGGCCACAGAUCUUAACCAAGGCGUAGUUUAUGGAGUUAGAACAGAUGAAACUGCAAUGCAUGAAGAGCUAUCCAACAGGUUUGACUAUGAUGGCGUCUUUGGGACAGCACUAAAUAGGUUCUGUGUUCAGGCUGCUGUAGGGCAUCCACUUACAGUUUACGGAAAAGGUGGUCAGACCCGUGGAUAUCUGGACAUCAGGGACACUGUGCAGUGUGUUGAGCUAGCAAUAGCCAACCCAGCCAAACCUGGCGAGUUCAGAGUCUUCAACCAGUUCACCGAGCAGUUCUCCGUCAACGAGCUAGCAAAGCUGGUCACCGCAGCUGGAGCGAAGCUCGGACUGGAUGUGCAGACCAAAUCGGUGCCCAACCCGCGAGUAGAAGCCGAAGAGCACUACUACAAUGCCAAGCACACGAAGCUCAUCGAACUCGGCCUGGUGCCUCACCUGCUCUCGGACUCCCUGCUUGACUCGGUUCUCAACUUUGCCAUCCAGUACAAGGACAGGGUCGACACGGCUCAGAUCAUGCCGAGCGUGUCGUGGAAGAAGAUGGGCGCAAAGCCACGGACGGUCUCCGUUUAGAGGAAACUUCUUGCCUGGCAUAUAAUGCCAACCAUGACGUUGGCAUUAUUGAUAUGUAAAUGUAAUCAUUAUGCGUGAUAGUAUAACGUGCUAGGUAGUGAGGCGGUUUACGGUGUUAGAUUUCUUUUUUUCUUUUUGCCCCACGACUGGAACAUUCAAUUGAAGAGCUUGUGCACACACAAUUCUGUUC